AUAUAAGUCGCCGAAACUCCACGUGUAGGCUAUCAACUGCAAGGAACAAUAUGGCCGGACCUAGUAGCUGCAUAUCGGCAGUUCUAGUGCUGACAGCGGUGGUUUCCGUAACUCUUUCAACAGAACUACCAAGCUCUUGUGAUGCAGUCCAUUGUGAAGAAGGAACUGUCUGCAAAUUACAGGAAGGUGCAACACGUGUUCCAACAACAAAACCAGGAUCAUGCCCCGUUCUGAAUCCGGGUGGAAUCAGCAUCUGUGUAGCGGAAUGCUCCUCUGACGCUGACUGUGAUGGCGACCUAAAGUGUUGCGGAGGCUGUCAUAAAAAAUGUAUUCUCCCCGUCGGUUACACAGACAAGCCGGGCACCUGUCCCUGGCUUCCACCCCACGGGACAGGCUCUUGUGAGCAACAACACCAGUGCAGCAAGGACAUUGACUGCGACAGUAAAUUAAAGUGUUGUGGAUCUUGCCCGCGGAGAUGUGUCAGCCCAUUCCCUUAAAAGAAUCAAGUGCAGUAAAAUAAACUUAGUGUA